AGCGCUGUCCCAGGGAUGAGCAUCAAGUGGACACACACGGCCAGAUGCUGUGCUGGAUGAGGGUCAUAAUGAUCAUACUACUCCUCCUCUGGCUUGUGCAAUGGAUCCUCCAUUACAUCAACGUGUACCCAGAUGAGGUCCUCAACCAGCAGCGGGCUCAGGUGCUUCAGGAGCUGGCCCACAGGACCCUGGAGCUGAGUGUGGGGACUGGGGGAGCUGUGCUCUUGACUGCCUUACAGCAGUGGCUGUUCUGGGCCAUUGCUGGAGUCCUGGUGCUGCUCUUGGCACUCUGCUGGUGGCUCAAGAAAAGGAUCUGUGAGGUGGACAGCAGCAGGGACUCAGAGAGUGAAGAAAGUGAGGAAGAAAACCCUGCUGAGAUGAAUAUGAUCUGGAUCUUUUCAAAACGCUUCCAGCUGUCAGUGCCAAAGCUGGCCUCCAGGAGACGGGUGGUGCAGGAGCUGCUGAGUGACCUUCUCCAAGUCUCCCAUAGUCUCUUUUCAGACAGCUUCUUCCCAGUGCUGGAACCAGUCAUUGGGGUGGGCAGUGCCUGUGAAGGAUGGAGUCCCCAUAAGGAGGAGGAUGUUAUCUACUGCAUGUUUGUGCCCCUGAAGCCUCCCCCUGGGCAUGCCUUCCACCUGGAGCCAGACACCACGGGGCAGACGCCGCAGGCGACCAUGCGCAUCCGUGUGGAGCAGGUGUGCACUUGCACUGGGAAACAGCCGGACCAGAGCAUCCUGUGCUUCCUCCACCACUCUGCGGAGGAGCUGAAGAGAAACCAGAUCACCAGCCUUCUGCACACCCUCUGCACUGGCCCUUACCUAGACGGGGAGAAAAUUGCCCUCUGGUUCCAGACGUUUGUGAUCUCAGCCUGGUCGGUGGUGCCUCAGUCCCGUCACUACAGCAUGAAGGUGCUUCCCUCCUGCCGCUCCUGCAAGAUGAGGCUGGUGAAAGACUCUGGGAGAAGCUUUUUUGUGGAGAUGGUAUUUAGUGUGCAGCAAGGUGACUCGGACAUCUUCCUGAGCAGCCAGCCGACAGGGGCCCAGUUCCCCCCGAGCACCACAUGGCUGGAGAGCUAUGCUGUGGCAGAGGCAAAGUUCUUCAGGCAGGUCGCCAUGCAGGCUCCACCCCGCAGCUGCCACCUGAAAUGCCUGCGGCUCUGUGCCCGCCUUCUGGAGGGCUCGGGCAUUUCUGUUUAUGCCUUGAAAACCACGGUCAUGCACCUCCUGACCUUGAUCCCUCUGUCAGAAUGGCAGCACAAGUAUCUCCUGAUGCGGGUGGAUGACAUCAUGCACUACCUGCGCUGCUGCCUAGAGGAGAAACGCCUCAAGCACUUCUUCUUUGGCAACGAGGACAUGCCCGAGGAGAUCUCCUUGCCCCCAGACUUCCAAGAGGCACAGCCCCUAAACCUCUUCCAGCACCUGGUACAGGAUCCAUCUGCCCAGACUAAGGCCUUGAAGGAGUUUGAUGAUCUGCAGUAUCACCUCUACUUUGGGUUUUGAAUGAGACAACUGUAGAAUCACAGAAUCAUGAAACUGUAGAAGAGUAGAAUCAUUUGGUUUCUACAAAAAUACUUCCAAUAUCAUUCUAACCAUACUUUGACCUUUUGGGAGCUUUAGUUGAUAUAAAGUUUAUGGCAAAAAAGUUGAACAAACACUAUCUCUGAGCAACCUUGGUGUGGAAUGAGGCUGUUCAGCUACCACAGAGUUGGAGAUCAUUUGGUAGAAGACCUGAAGCAGAGGGCUCUGGUUUCUCUGAUUCCCUGCCUACGGCUCCCCCACUCUCCAUGCUCCUGCACUGAGGAAAUAGAAAUAAUUGGUCACUCUCCACAGCUGUGCUCUCUGCCAAGUGGCAUUUAAUGGUGCUGCCCUCCAGCCACCCCUGCAAAAGGGCAUUCCCUUUUUGAGAGAGUCCACUUCUCCUGUGAGCUUUA